CCCGCCCGGCGCCUCUUCGAUGAUUGCGCCAUGCUCAGCUCCAGCUGCGGCUACGGGCUGGGCCCCGAGGACGAGGACGGGCUGGUGAGGGGGCUGUCGGUGCUCAGCAACCUGGCCAACCAGCUCUACUACCCCUGCGAGCACGUGGCCUGGGCAGCUGAUGCUGGGAUCGUCCGUGUGGGCUCUCAGAAGUGGUGGACGCUGAGCACGGGGCUCUGGGCCUUCUCCCUGCUCCUGGGAAUCCUGCGAUCCCUGAGAGUCUUGUUCCAGUUAAGAAGAAAGCUGAGGCAGCACGAGGGUGCUGCUUCACCUCCCAGCCCGAAGGGGGUCAAAGCCCAAGUGAAGGCUGAAGUUUUGAGCAUCCUCACAGACCUGGCAGAUCUCUCCAACGCCAUCCACUGGCUGCCUCCAGGAUUUCUUUGGGCUGGACGCUUCCCUCCCUGGCUAGUAGGUCUCCUGGGAACAGUAUCUUCCCUGAUUGGCAUCUACCAAGCGUCUAGAGGAGGAAAUUCUGAAGCUGAAUAA